UUAUUUGAAGUGUUCCUUACAAUAAAGCAGAUGGGAAGAUUUAAGCCCCAAGUUCAAUAAAGGUACCCCCAUCAUUUCAUGGGCUGAAAAACAAGCUAUAAAUUUGCCAGGAAACCCCCCCCCCUUCAAAUGACCUACUGUAUAGGGAGUUUGUUUUGUUUUAUUUUAAAAUCAUAUUAUUUUCCUUCCGUUGCCGCUGCAGGCAUCUAGCAGGCGAAGUCGCCAAGGAGUGGCAGGAAAUUGACGAGGCAGACAAGACCCAGAAGGACACACUUCUAACUCUUGUGAAGGAGAUUGUGCCGUACAACAUGGCCCAUAAUGCUGAGCACGAGGCCUGUGAUUUGCUGAUGGAAAUUGAGCAGAUGGAUAUGCUGGAGGAAUAUAUUGAUGACAAUGCCUAUGCCAAAGUUUGUCUCUAUUUGACCAGCUGUGUGAGCUAUGUUCCUGAGCCGGAGAAUUCUGCCCUGCUCCGUUGUGCCCUUAGUAUCUUCCGCAAGUUUAAUCGCUAUCCUGAAGCCUUGCGGUUGGCCCUUAUGCUGAAUGACAUGGAACUGGCAGAGAACAUCUUCAUUUCCUGCAAAGAUGUGUAAGUAGCGCUGGGGUGCUGGGGGACAGAUCCACAG